AUGUCAUCCCCGUCCAAACUCGCACUCAAGGGCUCGUCCAAGAUCGUGGCGGAUUACUUUGAGUUCGCCAUAAACAACAUUCUCUUCCAGCGUGGGAUCUAUCCCUCGGAAGACUUCCACACCGUCCGCAAGUACGGCUUGCCCAUGCUUGUCACGUCAGACGCCGACGUUCGCCAGUACAUCGAGACCAUCAUGGUGCUGGUUAAGAAGUGGAUCUACGGGGGCAAGAUCAACAAGUUGGCCAUUGCCAUUGUGGCCAAGUCCACCGUGGAGGUUGUUGAACGGUGGGAGUUUGAAGUUGAGGUGUUCAAACAAAACAACGGUACCAUUGACAAUGCCACUGACGGUGCUGACCCUUCUGACUUGCCAGAGAAGUCCCGUGACGAAACCCAACGGGAGAUCCAAUCGUUAGUUCGUCAGAUAACCUCGCUGGUGUCGUACCUCCCGAUGUUGAAAGAAGACGAAUAUACGUUCAAUGUGUUGGUACACACGGACCCCAACGAUACAAACAUCCCGACCGAAUGGUGCGAGGGAGAGGAGAAGAUCCCACUGGGGGCCAAUGUGGAAAAGGUCCAGUUCCGCUCUUUCAGCACCAACAUCCACGAGAUUGGCACCAAUGUCACCUACAAAUACGACUAA